ACGACUGCCCAACCCGUUGGCUGGCAUCAUUGCGUUUCGUCUCCCCCAGAUCUCAAUCUCGCUAGCGCUCAGUGAUUUAGAUCCUUAACUGUAGUUCCUCAGUCUAGUGCAAGGACGUUGUGGCGGGGAACAGCCCUGGGGAGGUUCUCUGCGGAGGAAGAUUUGUGCUUUUCCCUCACAUGCUGCCGUUAUUUCCGUUGCAUUGAAAUUUGCAUAAAAAUUCCGUUUCACGUUUCCAUUAGACCUUGUGCAAGGUUGGGGAAGAGAAGAUUAUUUCUCACACGUUUCAACGGCUGGAAAAGAAUUCACCCAGGUUUUUGGUCCCCUUUUCCUUCGUCUGGGCCUAGAAACGACGGCAAAUGUGGCCACCUUCCAGCCGAUGUUUUGAUGAAUUGUGGUUAAAACACAUGUGACAUUCCCGGUCUUGCUAAGCGUCGAGAAAAAAGCUUCCACCUCCGCCUGCUAUUAGAGCUAUCUUCUGGACAAUUCCUGACUCUUCGCCUUUACACCUUUCCUUUCUUGCGACGUAGGUUGUUUCGACCUUGGAUAUGACGACUGGCGCCCAUAUCAGAAAGUUCCAUCAUUUCUCUGCUGAGAAUUAUUACGACCUAGCCGCGUGCAAUCAUCUUGCCGUGUUUCCCGCGAUUCCAUAACUUUUAUCGUUGCGAGGUCGCUUCUUCUCGUCCCUCAAAUAGGAUACCCGAUUCUCGGACGGAAAAGGGUCAUCCUGAUCUUUGCCCAUCUAGGUUUAGUUGGGUUUACCUGUCCCCGUACCCACGCUAGAAAGCCUCCUGUGGUGACAUUGCUAUGCACCGUAAUUUUUAUUCAGCCCGCGAAAUGGCAAUUGCAUACAUAAUGCCCAGUCUUCGCGUUUGAUACUCCCUCCUUACCGCCGCCUUCUGACAUUCGCUGCGGUUGUCCUAUUAGCCCGUUCGUCGUGCUGCCCCUCCUUGCUCGGAGCGCCCAUUCUCUUCCUCCAGGACCGCGAUCUACUUGUGCUUCUCCUGUCUUUACAUCCGAAUAAUCAGCAAGCAUGGCAGACGCAGGAGCAACAAAACUGCCGGCCUUGGACAACACCAUGGGCGUGCUGUUCGUAGGAACAAUCUUUGCCAUGGCACUAUGGGGUGCGAGCACCGUCCAGACGUACUAUUACUUCAAUCGCUAUACAAAGGACGAAUGGUGGAUGAAGACAAUGGUCGCCCUUGUGUGGAUGCUGGAUUCAACACACCAAGGACUUAUAACGCACACUGUAUACACAUAUCUCAUCACUGAGUAUGGCAACCCCGCUGCCUUGGGUGUUAUUGUCGACACUCUGUUGAUCGAGGUUCUCUUCAGUGCACUUGUUGUACUUAUCGUUCAGGCAUUCUUCGUACUGCGGGUUUGGAAACUGAGCCACGGGAACAUUCCCCUCGCCGUUGUACUCAGUCUCCUCGUCUCGUCCUCAUUCAUAAUAUCUGUCGUUUACACUGUCAAAGCGCUGAGGCUCAAGACCUUCGCCAACCUUGUUCAGAUCUUCGACCUCAGCAGAUCAAUCAACAUCCUCGGCGCAGCGAGCGACGUGGCAAUUACAGCGUCGCUGAUUUGGCUGCUACAGCGUUCACGCACGGGAUUCAAGCGCUCGGACAGCAUCAUUAAUCGCCUGAUCAUGUUCUCCCUCAAUACCGGCCUACUCACAGGCCUGGAUGCGAUUAUGUCGCUUAUCACAAACACUGUCUUCCCGACUACAUUCAUCUAUAUUUGCUUCUAUGUGAACGUCAGCAGAUUGUAUUGCAACUCUCUUCUUGCCACGCUCAACAGCCGAAGAGGCUUGAAUGGUGUCGACGAGAGCACAGGCGAGCAGAGCGUGUCGCUCUCCCAGGGACGUUACCGCUCUCGUGCUGUUGAGAUAGAAGCACCAUCGACAAUCAAGGGGGUGGUUAACCCACGUACGCUCUCCAUUAAAGUCAAUACGGAAACGGAGACUGUACGUGAUCAGGAAGAAGGAAACAUCAAGAACUACCGCUCCUUCGCCCCUCUUUAGCAUGGAACGCCGUCUGAGAGCGAUGUACAUAUGCCGUACCAUUAUGGCGAUUCGAAGCCCAGUGCAUACCCCAUGCACCAGAUGGGGUUGUAGGGUUCUGCGGAAAUCUAGACUUCGAGAAGUUGCGUAGGCAAUAAUUACUGUUCUAUUGCUCCGUCCUUCUCGUUCCCGUGUGUGCCUGCCUGUUCCGUAGUUUCGUUUCUCCCCGUUUUCCUGUGUUUUCUUUUCUUUGCCGACUGUUCUUUGCAUGUGUUUCUAGCUCUUUAAUGCUUUCUUAUUCUUCCUUUUUAUUCGGUUUUUAAUACCCAUCGGUGUCUUUGGUGCGGGUGGUUACCCGGCGCCCCUCGCGUGCGCUUUUUAUGUCGCGUGGACUGCUAACUGGUCACCUUCGGGCUCCCACUCAUUCUUUAUUCACUAUCCCUUAGUACAAUUCAUUACAGUGGAUUUUCAUACCUCAUUACUAUUGUGGCCGCGGAUUCGCGUCUAAAAAA